CUCCACAAGCGUGGGUGAAAGCAGAAGGAAGAUGAGAGGAGAAGAAAGGUGGGAACUGCAGCUGCCUAACCGGGAAUGAAGGCGCAAGAAGGCGCAAGAAUGCCCUGUGAGACGGUGUGGAGGCUCCGCCACAAUUACGCACACAAGAAGUGAUUUACUGUGAGGAAAUCUGAAGACGACUCGGAUCUUUGUGUUAAGAGCUGCCACCUUUGCUAAAAAAAGACAAGUUUGCCUCAGAAGUAGUUUACAUUAACCCGCAGAGAUGAGACUGAGCUUCUCUUCAAGUUGGAUAGUCCGAGGCUGGAUAACAUGCGUCCUCAUCACCUUUUACGCACAGCAUGUGGUCUCCAAAUCUCUCCAGUGUGAUGAAACACAUUAUUACAAAGGCUCCAGAUGCUGCAAGAGGUGUAGACCAGGUUUCCGUGUGUUUGACGACUGCACUGAUUCCCAAGAGACUAAAUGUGUCAAAUGUGGUCGUGGUGAAUACCAGCCCGUCUGGACUGACAAGACGCGUUGUCUUCAGCAGAAGUUCUGUGACCCUUUUAAGGGUUUUAUGGAGAGGCCUGAGAACCAUGAGGCAGAGGAGCCGUGUCGCUGCCGUCCUGGUUACCAAUGCUCCCUCAUCAACUGCGAGUACUGUGAGAGGAUACCCACCUGCAGUGCUGGAUAUGGACUCGAGGAGGACCCUGAGUCUACCAAUGGGAGGAAGACAUGCGUCGCAUGUAAGAAAGGCUUCUUCUCUGCUGACAACAGUGAUGAACAAUGCAAACAAUGGACUAACUGUAAGGCUGAGGGCAGGAGUGAGACAAAGCCAGGCAGCGCUCAGGCUGAUGCAUUGUGUGGACCACUUUACUCUGGUGCAGCACCCUCCUGGGUUAUAGUUUCUGUGCUGUCAGUCAUCACUGUUCUGUGUCUCCUCAUCCUGCUCCUCUUCUGCUACAAGGACAAACUGAAAUUACUGUCUGUAAAUCUGCGAUCCUGUGUCCAGAAUCUGAAGAGGACAAGGAUACAACAGGAGACCUUGGCCCCUCUUUACCAUAGUGCAGCUGGAGGAGGAAUAGGAGGAGGCCCUGAUGGUCCCAAAUGUACACCAUGUGAGACAACUAAACUCAUCUGUCAAGCACCCACUGAUGAGUUCCCAUGCACCUUCCCUACCUCUGGUCCUGAUGUCAAGGUCUCACUGCCCUUCACAGUGGACAUGGCAGAGAAAGAAGGGACCAAGGAGAAGACAAUGAUGGAGGAUCAGAGCGAAGGGUCUGGAGAACCUGAAGAAGUGUCGGAAGGAGAGGAGGUAGUGAGUGCGUUUCCUCUUGUGGCAGGUUCUUGUGUGUGUGUCAUUCCCAUCCGCGAGCCAUUGGAGGUAGGGGAGAAUGAAGACUGUAGCCAGGCUGUCUGUCCUGGGACUCCAGGAACCUGCUCAUGUGGAGGGCUGGAUGGAGAGAGGGAUGGAGGUGAGAGUGGGAAAGAGGAAAAAAGUGUUAGGGCCGACAGUGGUGGAGAAAAGGGUGAUGGAAAUCAAGAAAAGAUGGUUUUGUCCAAAGCCGAGACAGGUGUUGCAUCACUUGUCUCCCUUUCUCCUCCACUCCUCAACACUUCCUCUGCAGUGCCUCCAUCCAGUCCACUUACUGAACUCUGCUUGCCGUUGUCUCAGGUGAGAGCAGAGGUCAAACCUCACCUGACUGACAGGUCACUGGGAAAACAGGAGGAAUUAUACAGAUUGGCAAGCACAGACUCCACCUCAACAGAGAACAGUACAACCUCUGUGAUGACCUCGGUCAGCCCCUUGAUGACCUCCUCAUCUAUUGGAGAUCUCUACCUGGACAAACCCUCUGAGGCCUCAAGCCUGGAGCAAGGCCAAGGAUUCUCUUGGGGGGAUAGCAGGAGAAGCAAGCUGUCAUCUGGGGAGUCAGAACUGGAGUGCUCACCCGAGAGUCUCCACAGUCAGCUGGAUGAACCAACUCUUACCUCAGGUCAGGUGUCUGGAAACCACAACACCACCUUCAUCUCCAGUGGUCAGGUGAUGAACUUUAGCGGGGAUGUCAUCGUCGUCUAUGUCAGCCAGACGUCACUCGGCAGCGAUGGUGCGGGACAGGAUGAUGCCUUUGGGAGCCCCGUGCAGGAAGAGUCCAAUGAGACAGUGCCAUUUUUCCAAAGCAGCCUGAGGUCACAAGGGGACUCCAUUUCCCAAAGCACCUUGGAAGAAGAGACACUGCCAGUCCAGGAAGUGAUGGAGGAACGGCCGCUGGAAAAGUAAAAAGUGACCAGUAGCUGUUUACUUGUUGGUACAGUGAUCAUCUUCUUAACCAUCAGACACUGCAAAAAUGACUUCUGAUCAUAUCUGUUGGUAACUUCACUUUAUAUAUAUAUUAGCUCCCAAAUACAAAAAUAAGUCAAGUAAAAAACCAUUUGUCUUCCAUACCAGCUUUCUGUAAGAGAAGAAGGAAAGGAAGGCUUUAAUUAAAACGCUGGUCAGUCCGGUGACUUACUGCGCAACUUUUAGGGUUGUAAAGCUAUCGAUCUAUGCCUACAUCAUUUGUUCGGAAUGUAAACUUCUAUAACUUGUCAGUUUUCUCACAUUAGUUUCUGAAUCUCUCAGGCAUCACUAAAGUGCCUUUCUUCAUUUUCCAUUGGAAGGCUGCAUGCUCUUUCAAAUGGAAACUCCCUCCAGUCCAGACAGUGAUGGGGAAUUUUGUUGGGAAUUGGAUGUGGAACUGCAGUUCAGACUGGAAGAACGUCAUGUCUUUAUUGUUGUAUGGAAAGUGCAGCUGGGUCUUGAUACAAAGAAGUUAGUACUUUUUUUUUUUAAAUUUCCCACCUUCUGUCAUUCAAUAGCCCAGGUUAAAGUCUGUGGACUCCUCCUGCUUUUUAACAGCUUUAAAUUUGACAUUUGGAUGAUUUCAAGAGUUUCCUUGCAUAACAAAAUAUCCACCAUGUGGAAAUAAUUGUGUUUGGGAUCACAAAAGCAUGCCAUGAAAGUAAAUAUUUUCAUGGCUGAAAAUUCAAUCUACAAGCUACAUUAAAAUCUGGCAUUUUACUGUGCAAUUUUUUUCUUCUUUUUUUCUGGUUUGCAGGGUUUAACAAAAGCUAAUUUACAGGAAAGAGACACAUCCAGUUUUGGUAUGACGGUUGUUUAUCCCAUAUGUAGACUUUUUUUUAUUCUCUUCUUACUGCACCAAAAGUGCAGUUUGUGUGUAAGAAAAAAAUGCUAUGCAUUUGAUAAGCUAUUUUAUUACUGGUUUGUUUUGGUUCAUUAUGUUUUAAUGUGCAAGCCUUGAUGAAGAAUAGUUAAAUGUCAGCUUGUUUAUAUUUUAAUUAAUUUUACAAAGUAGACUUUUUUAUGUAUUAAUUCAGAAGAUGCACAUGUGAUCAAUGUUUGUAUAUAUUUCAAAAGAAGCAUUUUGUGGAACAAGAAUGACUAUUCUCUCUGUUUCCUCAUUUGAUCUGAGCUGUGGAUGUGUUAAUUGGAACCAUUAACAGCAAGCAAAACACACACUGUAGGAGUUAGAACCUCACCAAAAAUCUCACAAAAUUAUGUACAUAUCAA